AUGAUUGGCAGUAUCGUUCUCGAAAAGAUUGGUACCUCGUUAUCCCAUGCGCCGUUCUACUCCAUUAUCCGAGGCGUCAGUGCCAGCCCGAAUAGCCUCCUGUUUGCAUCCAGCAUACGGCCGAAAAGUCUGCUAGCGCUGUUUGUUUCUUUCCUUGCUGUUGCUGAAAUCCUUUUGAUCGUGGUAUCCCAGUUCCUCUCGACCAUCUUGAUCUCCGACUUUAGCAACAGCGCGUUUACUGACAUCGACAACUCGACCAGUGUUCCCACCUUGGGUGGGAGAGGAGGAGGUUUCGAAAUGGACGCAUCGCCCUGGUGGAAGAUACCCCCGGCUUCGAAUUGGAUGUUUGGCGAGCUGUCGGAUCCCUUUUCAGAGGGCUCUGAUUUCCAUGACACCGGGCACACAUAUCGAGCAUUCAUACCCUUUGACGACGAGACUCGGCGAACAUCCCUACGCAGAUUCCACGGGCCCGCGCCUGUUAUGGAUCACCGGGUGGUCUGCAUAAGCCCGGCAGCCACCGACAUGAUCCUCAACACCACCGUCAACACCCAGGGCGACUUCCGUCUGUCCGGCACUCUGAGUAUGGGAGGAACCCAAUCCUAUCCUGGACUACGGAACACGGAUGCAUGGCAAUCUAUCGAGUUCGACUGCGGUGUGCAGAUCCCUUUACAGAUCUAUACUACAUUCGGGUACUUUGCGAUAUGUCCCCUCCUCACCAACCCUGGGUGGACGGUCCAGAUGGAAGAUCCGUUGGUGGACCCUACCUUCAACGAUAGCACCGCAGAGUCUCUUUCAAUGAUCUACGGCAACCCCAGGGCCGCAGCAAUGUUCAUGGUCAUUGAGACCAUUGAGCCCGAGGCAAUAUACUCAUCGACCCGGCCCCCAGCGGCAAAUGUCUCCGUUCUUCGCCGUGACGGGCCUUGGGCGAUUAUCAAUAACGGGACCGGCUCAGAUACGGACGCGCUCCGGAUCUCGACCUGUUUCACAAACUUUGCGUUCAAGACGGCUACAGUCCGUAUGGAGAGUUCGUGGCCGGGGUCAGAGCCAAAGUCGUCCUGGGUCCAUGGUAUCCGGAAAUACAAUACAACCUCCAGCCAGCACCAGCUUCGUGCUUCAAUGAAGCCGGGAAGUUUGAGGGAUAGAGGCUUGCUGAAGCUCCAGUCUAGAUCGGAGUGGGGGGAAUUUGACAGGAUCCCCGAAGCCGACGACGACAAAUGGCGCAAGCAUUGGUGGUUCAAUACGAAUCUUCUAUCCGUUACACCGAGUGUCACGUCGGACAGCGGCUUGUUCUUGUCACAGUUGACAUACUCUAUGAGGAUGAAAGACGCAGAUGGCACGCAUGCGGACUUAUUCCAGGCCAUCAUCCGAUCAACCCAGAGUCCUGCACUGGCUCUCCAGGCGCUGUUGGCAAGAGGAGCUCAGAUGCUGUUCUACCAUAAUCUCCUGAGGUUCAACACCACGGGAUCAGCGGUAACCAAGUUCUCGACUAAGACGUCGGUGCCGGCGCGGUGGACUGGGUUUAUUGUCUCCGUGGCUCUGAUUUCAUCCCACUUUGCGGUCCUGGCAGUUACCAUACUCUUAUUCGCGCUUUAUACCCGGAGUUCGUUGAUUGGGAACUACUGGCAUGCUAUAUCGCAGGUCGUAUCGGAGGAUACGCUUCCGGUGCUGGACAGGGCAGAUGCAGCAAAGGAUAAAGAGGUUGAACGGUGGGGGAAGACGCAUAUGCCAAAUCUAGCGCUCCAAAGCUAUGUCAGACUGCGACCGAAUGGGCGGAUCGCCCUGUGA